AUGGCGCGGACACCAGCGCUGCAAGGCUACACUCCAAAGCCGGCGGGCGUGGGGGACCCGAGUCAAGUGCCGGAAGUGCCCCGCGCUGUCGGCCUUCCGGGGAAACCUGUCCGCCGGAACUGCCGGGGGGCGCCGCUCCAAGGCGGAACCUCGCGUUGCCUGGCAACCAGAGCGUGCGCGGCUGGCGGGCUUUGCGCGCCCUGCAGCGAGCCGAGUGUAGCUCCCGGCCCCAGCGCCGGCAGCUUCCCGUGCUGCCCGCAGCCUGUCCUCGCGUCGCGGAAUCGCUGUCCGUGGCACUAUUUACCCCUCUCCGGCUCCCUCGACACCUUAGCGCCCACUUGCACCAAAGCCAAGCUCCACCGAAAGCGAGGCGGGCCGUCCCCCGACAUGGCUCCAGGUGCGGCUCGGGCCAUGAGCACCGGCACCUACACCUACACCAGCCGGCCCCGGGCCCUGCCCUGCCAGCGCCGCCGUUACCGCGACUACCUGAUGCAGCGGGAUGAAGAACCUAUGCCUUAUGGAAAUAUAAUGUACGACCGAAGGGUGAUUCGAGGCAAUACUUACGCACUGCAGACAGGGCCACCACCUGGACAACCUGACCCUUUAGAUGCUCAGAGACUGAAGCAGGCUAGGAGGAAGGCUCUUGCCAGACAGCGAGCCCAAGACCAGAUCAGACCACGAACACCCGAGCCCGUGGAAGGCAGGAAGCAUAUGGAUGUGCAGACAGAAUUAUACCUUGAAGAAAUUGCUGAUCGCAUAAUAGAAGUGGAUAUGGAAUGCCAAACAGAUGCAUUUUUGGAUAGGCCACCAACACCACUUUUCAUCCCUGCCAAAACUGGCAAAGAUGUGGCUACCCAAAUACUAGAAGGAGAGCUCUUUGACUUUGAUCUCGAAGUUAAACCAAUGUUAGAAGUUUUGGUGGGGAAGACAAUCGAGCAGUCCCUUCUGGAAGUGAUGGAAGAAGAAGAGCUGGCUAGCCUGCGAGCCAAUCAGUACGCCUAUGAAGAAAUAAGGAAUGUUGAACUUGCCGAAGUUCAGCGACUUGAAGAGCAAGAGAGACGACACCGAGAAGAAAAGGAGCGUCGGAAGCAACAGCAGUGGGAAAUAGUCCACAAGCACAACGAGACAUCCCAGAAGAUCGCGGCCCGCGCGUUCGCACAGCGCUACCUGGCCGACCUUCUCCCGUCUGUUUUUGACAGUCUCAGGGAUAGCGGCUACUUUUAUGAUCCCAUUGAAAGAGAUAUCGAGAUAGGAUUCCUCCCAUGGCUAUUGAAUGAGGUUGAAAAAACCAUGGAAAACAGCAUGGUGGGAAGAACAGUACUCGACAUGCUGAUCCGUGAGGUGGUGGAAAAGAGACUGAACAUGUAUGAACUCAAGGAAGACAGACAUCCAUCCUUGAAACCGGAGGGUGGGCUUGGUGGUCCUGGAGCAGUGAGCGAUCCAGGGCCCAGUUAUGAAUCCCAGGAGCAAAGUGCAUCACAGAUACAGAGGCCACUUUCAGACAGAGACCCAGUGCAGAGAGCACCAUAUAAUGGAGAGUUAUUCCAGGAGAGGGAGUUUAUGGAGGAAGGAGAGCUCCUGGGCCUGUACGACGAAACAGAAAUGAGGAAAUCCUUUGGGAAGGAAGAACUGCAACAACCGAGGGAAGCUUCGGAGCCAUGAAAUCAGUCAUCAGCCACAUCAUCACCAGAGGCAGGUAAUGAGGCAUGAGUCCCCUCAGGUUAUAGAAAUUAUGUUGUUUUUAAUCAGCACAUCUUUUUGUCUAAUGGACUGUGCACAUCAAAUGCGAUAAAAUAAUAAAAC